AUGAUCAAGGCACCCAUUCUUGCCAUGGCAUUUGGUUUGCUUGGUGCCGUGGCCUUACCGCUAGACACUUCUUCCGAUGCCCUCAAGCAGGACUGCACGAUGCGGGGCGGCACCUGGGUACCGAUGGCGGACCAUUCGGUGUGCGUAUGCGAUGUACAUCACCGUUGCCUGAUGAAGCACUCAGAUGUCAUCUCGCCACCCUGCGCGCACGGCGUGGUGCGCAUCGAAGACACGCUCCGGGAUCGCUUGCCUGCGCAUUGCCAAAAUUGCGUGUGCAUUCAGGGCGAGCCUUCCAUUCCGCGCAUCGUCAUGGCCUCCAUUCCUAGGAGUGGCAACAGCUGGUCUCGCGAUAUGAUUGAGCUCGUGACCAAGCGUGCCACUGAGACAGUUUUCCCAGAGACAUUUCGCGCCUUUGAGGACGGACCAAACUCCGAACGCGAGACGUAUUCGGCAACCUGGAGCGAGGCUUCGGACCUCUAUCGCCACGAGUGCGGCCAUGUGCAUGAUUGCUCGCACAUCAAGCCUGGGUCUGACUUUAUUGUGGCCAAAACACACAGCCCCUUCAUUCUGACGCAUGGGGGUGCAGCGGGCACCCAUGGCACCAAUUUGAGCGAUGCUGGCGUCGGUGUCUUUAACAUUCUGCCUGUGCGCAAUCCGCUCGAUAACUGGGAUGCUUGGCACAGGUGGUUGGUGGGGAAAGGGCGCAAUGAACAGCUGGCCGAGUGGCCACUUGACCGCUUUGUCGAGCAUUGGUUGGGGUUCCAUCGGCUCUGGCAGGACACCUUGCCCUACUCUGCGCAACCACGGUAUAUUUUUCGCUUCGAGGAUCUGGCUUCAGAUGACAAGCGCGUGCGCCUUUUCCACGGACUUGUCAACGUGCUUCCGUACGGCAACCGCAAAGCGGGAGACGAAAUGGCCAAGAGCAUGGCCGCCGUUGAGGCCGCAUUGAGCGAUCCUCGUGUGGCACCCCGCGAGAAGAAUAACCGUGCCGCUGAUGACGUGCUCUGGACGGGUCAUCUACGAUACUCGCGCGAGAACAUUACCUAUGUCAUUGAUUCGUGUCGCGAGUAUCUGGACCGGUUUGGCUACCUGGACUUGUAUCAAGGCUGGCUCAACAUGUUGGACAUGCAAGCUGAACAAGAAAAGCUUUAUGUGGAUUUUCAACGCUUCCCUGACGCCCACUAUAGCCAGAAACCGACCAACUGA